UAGAAUCCGAUUAAAUGCGGGUUGAAUUGACAGAUUAGCGGCAUUAUAAUAGCUUUCAUUGUUUUUAAGAUUAUAAAUUCUCUUUCAAAUAUUGGUGCAUCAUUUAUUGCGCUUGCAAAUCCGAUUCGUCUCGCAGGCAUCGAUCCAGGUAAAGCAGCGCCAUGUUGACCAGCAUCACCGAGAGCAUCUUCUGCUGCCUUAUGGGAAAGACGACCAGCGUUGUGCUGCCGGUCGAAUCAUCAGACGGCAAGCCUGCAGACGGAUUCGAGUUGGUCGAGGUGAAGCCGGGUCGUGUGCUGCGCGUGCGCCACAUCCUCCCCGAACGGCCUGCUACGACAGAAGCGCAGCCAGAAGCGGGCAGCAGUGUCCACUGCAAGCGCAAGAUCACAGUGUACCGUAACGGCCAGCUGGUGAUCGAGAACCUGGGCGACGUCCUCCACUCCGAGAUCCUGCAGUGCCAGAACGGAGACGUGGAGCAUUGCAGCACAGUGGAAGUGGAGCUGUCCGAUUACACCACCGCCCCCUCGUCCCCUGAUCCCAAACCCGCUCCGCCGCUUCCCACCUCAGACCAGCAGAAGGCGGCUCCUCCGCCCAGACGCCGGCGGCGGAGACCCAAGCGCACCGUGCUGAUUGAUACGGAGCGCUGCAUCAGCAGCUGUAAGGGGACGCAUUCGGACGUGGCGCUCUUCUUCAUCCACGGCGUGGGCGGCUCACUGGACAUCUGGGGGAGUCAGCUGGAUUUCUUUUCGCGGCUGGGUUACGAGGUCAUCGCCCCGGAUUUGGCAGGACACGGCGCCAGCAUUGCCCCUCAGAUAGCAGCGGCGUACACCUUCUACGCCCUCGCCGAGGACCUGCGCGCCAUAUUUAAGAGAUACGCCAGAAAACGGAACAUCCUCAUUGGUCACUCCUACGGGGUGUCGUUCUGUACGUUCCUGGCACACGAGUAUCCGGAGCAGGUGCAUAAGGUGGUGAUGAUCAAUGGAGGCGGCCCCACGGCCCUGGAGCCCAGCCUGUGCUCCAUCUUCCAGCUGCCCUCCUGCGUCCUGCACUGUCUGUCACCCUGCCUGGCCUGGAGCUUCCUCAAAGCUGGUUUCGCCAGACAGGGCGCUAAAGAGAAGCAGCUUCUGAAAGAGGGAAACGCUUUUAACGUGUCUCCGUUUGUUCUGCGAGCGAUGAUGAGCGGUCAGUACUGGCCCGAGGGGGACGAGAUUUACCACGCUGAGCUGACCGUCCCCAUACUGCUGGUGCACGGCAUGUACGACAAGUUUGUGCCGAUUGAUGAGGAUCAGCGGAUGGCAGAGAUCCUCUUGUUUGCGUUCCUGAAAGUGAUCGAGGAAGGCAGUCACAUGGUGAUGAUGGAGUGUCCCGAGAUGGUCAACACGCUCCUGCACGAGUUCUUCCUCUGGGAACCUGACAAUUCCAAAAAGGACACGGUUACCACGGUAACAGCCGACGAGGCCACAGCCGUCCAGACGCUCGCCGUCAGCACAGGGACGCCCAAGGUCAACAAGCCCCUUAACAAGUAACCUGAUGAUUAACGUUUUCGGGGUGAACCAAUCAGAAGGCUGUUGAUGGCAGGCUGUCAAACAGUCACCUUGGCUGAGAGCUGGUUUUUGGUCAGAAGGCCUGAGCGGGUGUCCAGACGGGGGUGAGAAAGAUUCACAGGUUCGAAGAGACUCUCUAGCGAUGAGGGAAAAGCAGCAGCUGGUUUUAAACCAACGAUGGUGGUUUAUGACAUCACAACGCCUUUGUUUCUCUAUGCUACCUUUGGACAAUAUCUUUCCUUCUUGUGCUGUCUAAAGAAAAGGACUGAUGGAAAUCAAGUGUGUCCAAGUCCAGACGGGACUGAACUACGAGAAAGAGGAGGAGAAUUUGAUGAGGUUGCUUUUAAAAAACCCAAGAGAGUGUCUAAAGUCAACAUGAAACCCAUUUUACUUCCAUAAUAUGACACAUUGGGCGUAGUACAAGUACAAUCAUGAAAAACAGCAGUUGCGUUAAAAAUAACGAGGACUAAUUAAUUGUGAUUGGAAAAUAACAGGGUUGUUUUCAUGCUGACUUUAAAGGACGUUUGUACAAAAUCUGUGUUCACGUCAAACUAGUACUAACACGUUUUAACGUCUUCCCUCAUAAAUCAAAUCUUGGAGUUGAAGAGCGAUUGAAAACAGAUGUAUGAGACACUCAGUCCUGUUAAACCAUCUUAAAAAGAUAACGUACUGUAAACGAACACACACAUUUAACUUGAAACAAAUCAUUCGAGUUAAAAAAAACAAAACAACAGAUGUCGGUUCACAUGAAGGAUAAAAGCGAGACAAGCGAAAACAUUGAUCGCCGCAAUGGGAAAUUUUAUGCACUUGUUCGUCUCCUAGCAACUAGAAAGUCGGGCAUUAGAACAAAUGCACGGUGAGAGAGAGAGAUAUAAUGAUGCUGCUGGCCACAACAUGACACGGUGCUGAGGAAAAACAGGAUAUAAGCUACAGUAUCACGGAGCAGAUUGCAUACAAAUCUGAAUUUAAUAUUGAAAUUAUAUUGUGAAUAUCUAGUCAUCAGGUUGAUCCAAUCAUGUACAAUUAUGCUCUACUGUGCGAGGACAGACCGUCUGUCUAUGCAAAGAAUAACGGGGGGCUUCUGCAUGCAUCCGGCCGGUUAUCAUGAAAACAGCUAGUCAAAGGCAAACUGGAUCAAGGAGAUCUGGUCCAUCUAACCCUCCAUCACUGGAGAUAAUUAACAAAGACAUCAUGAGAUCUCUGCAGACUCCUCACAUUUAUGCAAUGAAAGCAGUCAAACAUCACACAUCAGAGCAGAUCAAUUGGAGAAAUUAUCAGGUUUUUAGGUAACUUAAAAUCCCAGUGAUUAUUUUACAAACUGUAGUUGCUUUUAACUAAUAAUUAAUAAGAGAAAGGCAAUUCAAACGUCCUGAUAUCAGAACUGCCUUCAAAAACAACUUUAAAAACAGAAU